AUGACUCGCCUGAACCAUGUCGGAUGCAUUCCACUGACCCUUGCACGGGGUAUCAAUGCAGGAUCAAGAAAUCGCACACAGGUUGCCACAGUUGUUCAGGAAAUGACUAUUGGUCAUAAUCAGUUCCCGAGGUUGCGCAUAGUCAGACGUUCUAAUGACCUAUGGUUUAACCUCAGGAACUAUGCUUGUAUGGACUCUGGACAUGGGUGGCGGACCACAGGGGGUGGAAAUCAUGCUAUACAUAGUGUGCUACCUCUUCCUGAUUCACCACAGCAAGUCAAUGCUAUUCAGAGUCUUUGGGCUUGGCACCAGGCAAGAAGAUGGAUUGAAUGGGUAUUACUAACAGGAGAUAUACAGACAAGAUACCCAAUGGACCUAUGCCUCUAUAUCCGGCAAAACCUUCCUAUAUUUUGGGACCGACUGAAACACAGCCAGUUGACAAACCCUGAGGUUUUCCGUGGAGUAGAUCAUGAUACCUCUGGUAAUUAUCCCAGAUGGGGUAGGCCAACAAUUGAGACUAAUUUAGGUCGAACAAUUUACAAGCAAAAGAGUGCAGGAUAUUCUGAUCAUAUUCUUUACCUUGGGGCCAACAAACAAUGUGUUGCAGCUGUUGUUGAGGUUUGGGGUGAGAUGGUGUUCUAUGGUAGCAAAUUUGCAACUUGGACCAACGGCAAACAUAUCAUUAUCUUUGCCCGAACAGGACAUGCAGAUUUGACAAUAACCACUCAUCAUCAAAACAACUGCCAUCAAUGGGAGGACCCAGAUGUCCUUGCAACAUUGUUUGGAAUGUGUUGCGCUGGUAUUGAUAUGAAGCUGUUGGGAGACAAUGGUUUAAUGAACCAUCUUGUUGGAAAUACUUACUGA